AUAGCAUAACUAUUGAAAAUUUACAAGAUUCACUUGUAGGAUGCAUAAGCCCAAAACAAAACGGGCCGGAGGCCUAAUAGCCUGCUAAAAAUGGGCUAAAAUUGGCAAUAAGGUUAUAAUAAAUCCCCGGCUCCCCGCCGCUGCUCCGCCUGCUUGGCCGGCGGCAAUCAAAAUGGCGGGAACGUUGAUUCACAGAGCCACUCUCGAAGCGGAGAAUCCACUCGAAGCAUCGCUAAGGGAAUCUUUCAACCUUCACGAACCACAUCUACGGCCGCCUUUUUCUCUCACAACUUUCACUCCGGACCAGUACUCGACCCUAAACGACGCCGUUCUUUUCGGCCUUCUACGGGAGCCCCAUUUCGCGAAAACUCACAUCAAGCACCUCCACGCCAUCACCACGGACGGGUAUUGCUACUUCACCUCUAUGAUUACCAGAAUCGUGGAUGAAUUGUAUGGAAAAUUUAUUGAUUCCGCGAAAAUUCAGUUGAUUUGGUUGACAAAUGAGAUGAUUAAUGUGUUAGCUGUAGGGUUUGAUAGGCUGUUAGUGGCUCUUCUAAGGCAAAUUGUAGGGGGAGAUUUUAGUGAAGGUAAUUUAUGGCUGUGUUCUGAGAUGGUUAGUGUUUUUCUCACCAAAUGGGAGUGUAUAUUAGAAGAAGAGCCCUUGAUUUUGACUUAUGGAUUGUAUGUGUUUCUUAGGGUUUUGGCUGAUCAUAGCAGGUUAUGUAGUGAUCCAAGGCUAGACGUGUUGAAGAGAUUGGAGAUAGAGUUUUGUGUUAGGGUUUUGAGGGAACAAUUUGGUUUGUGUUUGAAGAUAGGGAGGGAUCUCAUUAGGCUUUUACAAGAUUUGGUCCAUAUAGCCGAGUUUAAGUCCAUAUGGAAAGACUUGUUGUUGGAUCCAGGGCAGUUCAAAGUGGAUGGUUUUGAGGGUGUGUUGCAAAUCUAUCGAUUAAGGACACCAAGUUUAUAUUUUUCGCUUAGAAUCACGCCUGAAAUGGAGAGGAAGUUGAGAUAUUUGGUUAUGAAUGUGAAGUUUGGAAAUCAGAGGAGGUACCAGGUGUGGUUUGCGAGAAAGUUUUUGUUUUUGUCUGAGAGGGAGACUCUUUUGGUAGACAUAGUGAGGUACAUCUGCUCUAUGCGUCACCCCUCGGGUGAAGUUAUAGAACCCGAGACAAUUCCGAGAUGGGCUGUGAUUGGUUGGCUGUUGAAGUGUUGCCGGAAAAGCUAUAUUGAAGCGAACUUGAAGCUGGCUUUGUUUUAUGAUUGGCUGUUCUUUGAUGAGAAGGAGGAUAAUGUAACAAGCAUUGAACCUGCGAUUUUGUUGAUGGUGAACUCUAUUCCAAAAUAUGUUGAUGUGACCAACGCCCUUCUUGAGUUUCUCUUGAUUUUGGUUGACAAUUAUGAUGUUGAUAGGAAGGAUCUCAUCAUCAACGGGGUAGUAAAUUCUAUUCGUGUUCUUGUUAGUAAAGGUGUUAUUGGCUCACUUGAUGUCCUGACUCACUGUGAUCUGCUGUCUCCCUUGCUCAGAGAAAUGCUCGGAAAAUUGUUACUACUCACCCAAACUACCCAUUCCGAAGGCUUGCAAUGAACCUGUCUUCCCGAUAAUAUUUAGACCUCAAUACACAUAAACUGCCCACCAGUUUCAGCCAUGCUAGACAUGUUUGAAUAUGGGAAAAUUGAACUGAGGUGGGGAUUAUGUAGACUGAAAUUGGCUUCAAAAGCUAUUUUGGCUAACGUAUAGAUAUAACACUACAGGAAUUCCUUACAAAUAGACUGCUUGCAGGGAAGUAUUGAUAAAGAACUGGAAGGAUUCUGAAUUCUCAAUCCUACCAACGUACAGGAAGCUAAUGGCUGCUGGUCUUAGAAUCUGGGUUUUCAGUAUUGAAUUGCAGUUGUGAUGAUAUGGCAGUAUGACUCACUUUCAAAAGAGAGAGUGCGCGUUCCGAGGACGUAGAUGCCGAAUAGUAGUGAAUUGCAGUUGUGAUGAUAUGGCAGUAUGACUCACUUUCAAAAGAGAGCGUUCCGAGGAUGUAGAUAACCGAGCUAUUUUUACCUCCCUAAUUAGGAGGCCACUUGUCAGCUAGAGUGGCUCUCUAAUUACCUUUGGAGGCAUCUAUUUGGAAGAAUGUGUGGAAGACAAGAGCAUGGGUUGUAACAAGAAACUGAAUCAUACAAGCUUCUCAUGAUUGAUGAUGUAGUUCAACAUGGUGGUACCCAAAUGAAUCAUCAUGCAAAGUGAAAGUAGAUGUCCAAUAAUUGAUCUUAUCCCCACAGUCCUCUUCAUUUUGACAGAAAUGUUAUGUUUAUCUUUGUUGUUUAUACAACUCUAUCACCUAAAACUAUUAGUGGGUUCUGAUAUUUGGAUAGUGAUGUGUUUGAUUAUGUGAUUGGCUUGAAUAAUUAGUUUGGUAAUUAUAAAGUUCUAAGUUCAAAA